AUGAAAUUUUCCGCCAUUUUCGCUACUUUUUCCGCCGUCGCUGCUCAGGAGGAGCGAGGAAUGCAACCGCCAAAACGAUUGGCAAAGACAUCGGACAAUUUCAAGCUCUGGCUCGAGCAGAACAUCCAAAAGGCUAGCGACCGAAGCCGAUGGUCCGACAGAAUCGACAAGAUGACUGCCAACAUGCUUUCUGCUUACGACCGAGAAAACUGCGGCUUCUACGACGAGUCCUUGACCAACGGCGGCCCAGACCCAAACCCAGAGCUCCGACCCAACGGCAAGCCACGAAAAACCUUCGAACGGCGACGACGACAAGUCGAAGAAGAUGAGCUUCGAUUUGAUGAGACCAACCCCGUCAAGGGAUUGAAGCAGAUCACCGGCAAGCUCGGACUCUGGGCCGAUCGACACAUCAACGAGUGCGGCGGUCAGCGUCGAUUCAACCAUAUCAACCGACGAAUGGAAAAAUGGGUUACCAAACUUACCGCCAAAUGGGAAGACCAAGCCUAA